AUGCUGACUUAGGUGAAAACCCCGCCGCUUCCAUAUUGUCACCGAUAUUAUAAAAAGCCAUUUUCCAUGUGCUAGAGUAGUCAGUCAUAGCCAUUUCGCAGUACAUACUGUACAAUCCGUGUCGGGAGUUCAGUUCUUGUGUUGUGUAACCAGUGUGUCUUGUGUAGUGUAUAACCUUUCUUAAUAAACAUUCUUUUAGCAGUAACAAGUGUUUUUUUUAAAAAGGACCCACGGAUCGCCAUCCUAACAAAUUGGUGUCAGAAGUGGGAUCCCAGGAAAAUCGUUAAGUACUGGGAUCCAUUAGGUGUAGGCGUCGCGAAUCUUUCCACGUGUCUGCACCAUUAUUGUUUGGUCCGUGGUCGAAAGUCCUUUGUGUCGUGGUCGACGGUAAACCUUAGGCUCCCUAAAAACGUCUAAGUCCGCGCUGCUGCUACUGUGAUCGACGAUAAGCCUCCGCUGUGUAGCGUGAGCCCGCAUCACCCCCGAACACAUCUGCUACCACGUGGUCGACGGUCAGCCUCCACUUUCGAGUGUGAGCCCGCAUCACCAGGUUAUCACAAGACCUCUGUACUGCUUCAACAUCUCUCGCAUGGGAUUUGUGGCUGUCUCUCCAUCCAUCAUUAGCCACGUGUUCUGAGCACACCACGUGCAGGAACUGCCUGCAAUACGACUCUCUGGGUCGCCAGGCGCCAGCGCCGCGUGCAUCGUGACGUCACCUUUCCAGAAUGUUCACGUGUGCGACUGCUGUUCAUCUGCUAAUAUGUUUCGUGUGUUCAAGUUUCUCCGAGCCAAUUGAAAUAAUAGAACAUAGUGCAGGAAUCUAUUUUGAUCCAACAUCAAUAGUUUAUUUCCAAACCGAUAACUGGAAUGUUAUCACAUAUGUAGACAUGAUUAAUAUUAGACCUUAUAUGGAAAAUAUAGAAAAGUCUAUUGAAAACAUAUCGACUUUUUGCGAAAAAGCACGUAAUUUACCUAACAUUAAUUUAGAGUGUAAGGAUACUAUUAACCCCUUAGAAAUACUUAUUAAUUCCAAUAAUCUUAAGUUAGAAUCUUUAUCGCAUCUUAUUUCCGAUAAUCGUCAAAAACGCGCUCUUGAAUUUGGAGGCGAAAUUCUAAAAUUCUUUUUCGGUACAUUAGAUGCUGACGACGCGAGAAAAUAUGAUGAAGCUGUUAGCGCUUGUCAACAAAAUGAGCAUCAUAUUUAUUCUUUAAUGAAAGAUAACAUACAUGUUGUACGUUCUACGAUAAAUAGUUUUAAUGUUUCUAUACAGAAAUUAAACAAUAAUGAAAUCUUACUCAAUAGGCAAAUUGAAAAGCUUAACUAUAUACUUGCUAGUAGUUCUAGGACAAAUAACAACAUAUUGAAUUUGGAAAAAAUCAAUUCUAUGUUUAAUAUUAUUGAAGGCUCAUUACUAUCAAUUUCGAAUGUUUUAGACACAGUACUUAACUCAAUUUUAUUCGCUAAAGCUAAUAUUUUACACCCGUACGUCAUAACUCCCAAGAAAUUAUACAAUGAGUUAUCGAAUAACAGUCAACUAAAGAGAACAGCCGAGUUCCCGGUUUCGCUAACAUUGCAAAACAUUCACACUAUAAUCGACUUAUCCAAACUAACUGUAUAUUAUUAUAAUAACAAACUAAUGUUUAUCAUACAAGUACCAUUAAUGUCUCCUAUUAAGUUCAACCUGUACAAGAAUUUACCGCUACCUACCCCAAGCGAUACAAACCAAUAUUUAACUUAUGUUUUAAUUCGUCUUUCAAAGUUAUUCGUAGCAGUAACGGAUGACAGAUUAUCCUACGUUUUAUUAGAUAGAAUAAGUGAAUGUAAGCACGUCAAUAGUGAUUAUAUUUUAUGUCCUUCACCAUCAAUAUUGUCAACGAUUAACAAUCCCUCAUGUGAAUCUAAGUUAUUAACCGAAGUGACCUUAUCACUUCCUGAAAUUUGUGACUCCAAGGUUAUUUAUGGUGUUAUAAAUGUUUGGCAAAAGUUAAAUAACAACAGAUAUAUUUAUGUACAAUCUAAACCUAAUAAAUUAACUUUGAAAUGUAACAAUAACAUUACUGAUUAUAUUUUACAUGGAACAGGAAUUUUAUCUUUAGAAAAUAAUUGUGUAGCAUAUUUUCAAACAUUGCAAUUUCAUCCCUCAAAUAUGUAUAAGUCUACAGUACCGAGUCAGAUAACUCUGAGUUUUGAUCUGACCUUGGAUGAUUGUUGCAAGUAUAAUAUUCUGAAUGAAAGUACUCAUUCUAUCAACCCAAUUAGCUUAUCAAAUAUUGAUUUAGAAUCAUUGAAAUUGGCUUCACACAAAUUGGAAAACUUAGAAACCGAAAUUCGCAAUAGCGAAAAUCAGUCCCAUAUUGUUAAAUACGGUAAUUAUUAUUCUGGGCUGACUUAUGUUAUAAUAUCAGCAAUUAUUCUUUUUAUUAUUUAUAAACUGUGUACCAAAUUUUUUAGUUUUAGAAAUUCCUCUUGUUGUAUUCAGAUUUAUAACCAAUGCUAUAAUACCAAGCAAAUGAAGAAAAACAAUAAUGUUCACUCGUCCAUAGAACUUACUAAAAUCUCUGAUGAUUUAGAAAAUGAUAACAAAUCUGUAAAAAGUCUUCCAAACAUAGACUCUGGUAAUCAAGCCUUGUCCGGCUUAAAGAAAUCAAAUAGAAAUAUCACUAACUUUUAAUAUUACUUUCAUUUUAAAUAUAAGUUUCAAUUUCUAUUUUGGGUUUAAUAAUUGUUAUUUUGGGUUUACUAUAUUAUCUUAAAUAUAAGUUUCAAUUUCUAUUUUGGGUUUAAUAAUUGUUAUUUUGGGUUUACUAUAUUAUCUUAAAUAAGUUGUAAAACUUAAGCAUUUCUUGUAAUUAGUUAAGACACACUUUGUAACCUGAGUUUUAUUUACUAAUUGAACAUUUAUUUUUAAUAUUCCUUCGCUUUUAAUUUAAAUAAAUUAAAUAAAGCUCAGUCUAAAGGGGGGAGAUGUUAUAAACCGACUUUGUAACGCAUCAAAUGCUGACUUAGGUGAAAACCCCGCCGCUUCCAUAUUGUCACCGAUAUUAUAAAAAGCCAUUUUCCAAGUGCUAGAGUAGUCAGUCAUAGCCAUUUCGCAGUACAUACUGUACAAUCCGUGUCGGGAGUUCAGUUCUUGUGUUGUGUAACCAGUGUGUCUUGUGUAGUGUAUAACCUUUCUUAAUAAACAUUCUUUUAGCAGUAA